AUGAAUGUUCCUCUUUACCUUCUGACCUUCGCUCACUUGAUUUGCGCCGCCGCCGGAGAGGAGCACGUCUCUUUGGAGCGCCAACUUCUGGAGGAGGGGAUCAGAUCGGGACGCAGGACUUGCAGGCUCUACUGUAGGGUUGGCAUCGGCUUCCACCUCCAGAUUCAUCCCGACGGCAGAGUGAACGGCAGCCAUGAGCCCAACCAGCUGAGUGUCCUGGAGCUCUUUGCGGUUUCUCAGGGGGUCAUCGGCAUCAAAGGGGUCUACAGCAACAGAUUCCUGGCCAUGAAUAAAAGAGGACGGCUCCACGCCACCGAGUGGUUCACAGACGACUGUAAGUUCAGAGAACGUUUCCAGGAGAACAGCUACAACACUUACGCCUCAGUAAUCCACAGGAACCACAGGACUGGUCGCGAGUGGUUUGUGGCCCUCAACAAGAGGGGGAAAGCUAAAAUGGGCUCCAGCCCGCGGGUCAAAUCCCAGCAUGUCUCCACCCACUUCUUGCCAAGGGUCAGUCUGCAUGACAGGAGCGAGCGAGGCUUCACCAUCACAGACAGGAGCAAAGAGAGGAGGAAAUCCCCGCCGCCAGCACCGCCCAAACCUCCCUUGGCGAAGGCUAACGUCCACGCGGGAACAGCACCGAGACGCACGCAAGUCAAGUACUGGCCCAAGUACCGGUUUGGAUAG